UCGAACGUUGAAGUAGGCAGUAAAUCAAAACAAGCCAAGCAGCAUUUGUUUUUAGCUUUGAAAUUGUAUCACUUUUCUUUAAGUUGAUUUAUUAAAUAUGGCAAUAAUGUUGAGAAACUGUCUACAGCCAUAUCAGAUAUUUCGAGGUUUACGUGCUUUUUCAUGCAGCUCUCAGCAUACCAAUUCGGACAAGCUCUACGAAAUGCGAUCUUAUGUUAUAAAGCCCAAACAUUUCAUUGAUUGUAUGAGGCUAACAUAUGAAUGUAUUGGAUUAAGGACCAACCAUUCUAAACUAUGUGGCUUUUGGGCAGUAGAACUUGGGGGAACUUUGAGUCAAACUAUUCAUAUCUGGGAAUAUGAUAGCUAUUCACAAAGGACAGAAGUAAGAAAAGCACUCAGUCAAGAUAAAAAAUGGCAAAAUGAAUUUGUUGUACAUUUCAUGCCAAUGGUAUUAAAACAGGAAAAUGUGAUAAUGAAAGCAGCACCUUGGUAUGAGAUGCAGAAAUACCUGUCAACAGGAGGAGUCUAUGAGCUUGUUUCAUGUACUUUCUUGCCUGGGAAAAGAGAGCAAUUGGAACACAGAUGGAUGCAGGGAAUUAAAGCUCAUUCAAAGUAUUCUGCUCCUGUUGGAAUAUGGUUUAAUGAAAUUGGUCCAACAAAUCAAGUUCACACCUUAAUGUCAUACAAAAAUGGAGAUGAGCGUGAAAAAGUUAUCAAAGCUGCAUCUGAAGAUGAGGAAUGGGCUGAAACAGUGCGUGACUGUAACUCAUUCCUUACUGCAAGUGAAACAAAGAUUCUCAUACCUACUCAAUUUUCUCCAUGGAAGUAGACAACUGCUAUGUAACUGGUAUACCAUAAUGACCUGCAGGCCCAAAAACGUCGAUGGCUAGGCUACUCUGAUGUCCUUCAAGAUAUAAGUACUUCUUUUGUAUAGACCCUAUGCAAAAAGGCAUAGAAAAGGAGUAUGGCUUUCCUUUCUCCAAUAAAUGAAAUAAAAUGUUUACGUCUUGUAAAAA